UCCAAACGGCUCCUUGUCGGCGUUAAGUUGUCGCUUGGAGCCGCGAGCGCGUCGCGUCAAAAGCGGCGCUUUGGGAGCGCCGAGCCGCGAGUUCAACCUCGAGGUGCAGUAUCGGCAGCAGCAGCCGUCGGUAGCGGCCAUGGGGCAGCAGUAUGUGAAGCCGGCAUCUUCGGCACGACACACCACGCUGAGCGGCCACCGCUACGGACGCCGGCACGCGUACGUUGGCUUCCGGCCCGAGCGGGUAGCCCCCGACGCCGAGACGGCAACACCAGCGUCGCCUCAUCCGCCGUCACCGCCCCGUGACGGGAUCUCUGCAUCUCCCGCCGCCACCACCGCCACCACCGCCACCACUGCGUCGCGCGUGAGACGAGGGCGCGACGAGUCAGAUCUGCGGGGUCGCUGCUACGCCGGCGAGCAUCCUCGCGGUCAAUACGACAGCGACGAAGAUUGCGAGCUCGCCGUUAACAAGCGGGAGCCUACUCGACGCUCCACUCGCAGCAGAGUCGCGAGGGAUGGAGCUACCGCCGCUGCUGCUGCUUCUGCAGGCGCAGCUGCUGCCGUUACUGGUGGCGCUAUCCCGAAAGUCCGAGAGAAAUGUAGCAAGCGCAGCAGAUCUUCAAACGAAGACAGCAGCAGCGGUUGUGACGUUUCUGGUUUCAGGUCGAUGUUUGAGGCGGCUGUUGCUGCUGCCGCCGCCGCUACCGCCACAACUGCUGCUUCGGAGGAACGUCCGGAGAAAGAAGCGGGAAGUGGCGGCGAAGCGGGACGCAGCUUCCAGCAAACAAGACAAGGUGCUGGUGAAGCAAGUAGCGGCCGAGAAGCGAGACGCGGCAGAGAGAAGGGGGGUUUCAGGGAAACCAGAAGCUGUAUGGAAGCAAGAAGCAGCAGCAGGGAUGCAAGGGACGGCAGAGUUGGGAGAAGCAGCUGUGGACGAAUUGGAGGCACAAAGAAAGAGAGAAACGUCCGAGAAUCGAGAAGCAGCAGCAGAGAGGAAAGAAAUAGCAACGGGGAAGCGAGAUGCAGAAUCGGAAACGCGAGCACUGUUGGGGGAAUCGUAAGCGGCAGUAGCAAAGGAGAGAGAAUUGUUGGCGAUGGACAACGCUGCAAGAUGAAGAUGAGUACUAGGGCAGCAAGAAGCAGCAGUAGGGAAACGAGAAGCAGGAGCAGAGAAGUCAACAUAAGCAGGAAAAAGAGACGCAAUGCAAAACCAAGAGGCAGCAGCAGAAAAGCAAGAGGCGGCGAGGAAGCGACAAGCAGCAGGGGAGAACGAAGCAGUGGGGAUGAUGAAAGCAGCGGGGAAGCGGGGAGCAGUAACGGGGAAGCAAGAAGCCGAGGAAAAGCGAGAAGCUGCAGGAAAAAGAGAAACUUUGAAGGAAUCGGAAGCAUUGGAGAAACGAGAAGCAGUCGUGGAGAAGCCAGAAGCGGCCAUGGUGAAGCAAGAAGCGGAGGGGAAGCUAGAAGCAACGGGGCUGCCGACAGGGACGGAUCGGCAUCCAUCUUGUUGUCCCUGCUCACUCCGUGGGCUCAGAUGUCGCCCGAGUCGGACAGAGACAGCAGUGGAGUGGAGGAUGGCGACGGGCGCGACUCGGACAACUCGAGCUGGGAGACGUUCUCCCUCUCGGAUCAGCGGGUCCCCUUCAUCAGCGGGAGCAGUAGCAGCAGCAGCAGCAGCAACAGCAUCUCCUACAUGGACUACGACUACGAUGACGCCGAUGAUAUCAUCGAACGGGGCCACAUCAUCAUGGAUGACUUGGAUGACUUUGAUGAUGAUGAUGACGACUACGAUAACAACUUGGCUCUCUUGCUCGCGAUCAACAGUUACCACCGUGCUUUGCAACCCUUCCUGCAAAUGUCGAGCGUUGACGGCUCCUUGGAGGAGCUCUUCAAUGGCGACGACUACGACGGCGACGAGUCGGAGGGAGAAACCACGUCCGUGAACGACGCCUCCUUCGUCGAUGUCGGCGCCCUCGCCGAAGAAGGCUUGAGGAAUCUCCUGCAGCGGCCGCCACCGUGGGUGCUGCGUGAAGAGGAGCUGCGCUUGAGCGGCGACGACGGUGACGACGAAGGCGAUGGUGGUGGCGCCGACCGCGAUGAUGAUGAUGAUGCUGAUGACGGUCACGGUGACGAUGAUGACGAUGAUGCCUCGGAGGGGGAGGUUUUCUUCAAUUCCGCAGACACGGCAAUGGCCACCAACGAGUUUGUGUCCGACUUCAGUCUGGAAGCCGAGGUCUUCAACCCGGGACGUUUUCCUCUCUUGCCUUUGGAAGAUCGGCUGUCUGCCAUUGAGAGUAUCGUUGCUAACCUGAAUACCCUCAUCGGCGACGUCACUGGGAUUCAAUUCCAGCCUACCCCGGCCUCCAGCGAGCUCACGUCGAGUCUGCCUGUCUUCUUCAUCAAUGACGAUGUAUUGGAGCAGAUCUGCACCAUUUGCUGCAGCGAGUUUGUGCGCACAGAUCAAGCCACUACCUUGCCCUGCUGCCAUCUCUUCCACACGUCCUGCAUCGAGCAGUGGCUCAAGAAGUCUGCCACGUGCCCCGUGUGCCGUUACCACCUGGAGGAGGAGGCUGCCGGGUCAACGCCGUCCCCUGCGCCACAUUACAGAGGAACGGGUCAAAGGUUGUGACCCCCCCCACGACCCGUACCCCAUCUCCGUUCUCUCUGUCCACAAACUGUCGUGUUCCCAUCACCGCGAGCUCGCCCACUCGCUCGCCCACUCGCUCGCCCACUCGCUCACCAACUCGCUCACCCACUCGCUCAUUCUAUCAACUAAACUACAGUAGAAACUAAACAAAACUUUUUUAGCAGGUCAGGCCUACUGAGCUAUGUGGCUCUUUUUCAGAAACGACCUGGCCACAAAUGAUACCUCAACGCGAAGCGGCUUCUCACGUGGGACAUUUAUAGCAGCCAAUUACUCCAAACGCGUGACGUUGAUUCUCCUCGCACACUCUUAACCUAACCCAGAAGAAAAACCAAAAUAGAAUAACUUUAUCGGUACAGAUGCUCCCACAAGGCCAUGCGGGGAGGGCGUGAGGCACAGUGUUGCUGCCAGCUAUCGUAGAGUGCGGCGGUCGUGUCGCUACAGUUCUCUGCGGUGAGUAACGUCUUGAAAAAUAAAACCCGACGCUAUGCCUCUAAGUAAAAUUAGCGCUGAAUCGCUUGCGCGUUUCCAAGAUUCAGCGGUGAAGCGGGGACACCCCACCCUGCAACUUGCAGUCAUCUGGGCCACGGGAGAGGGGUUAACCCACAGCACUCGCCCGCAGCACUCGCCUGUCCCUUCACUCACCUUCUCACUCUCGCAUGCCCUACACUCGCAUGCACUCGCUCAAACCCUCGCGCACCAACGCAUGCUCUCUCACACACACGCGUAUUAGCGCUCGCUGGAGUGCUCGCGCACACAUUGCCACGCCGACUGGCGCGCAACUGACUUG